AUGCAGGCAUGGUUGUAUAAAAGUCUUAAUUCAAAGUUUUGUAGAAUCCCUGUGAAUAAAAAUUGGUUCCGUUUAAUUCAAUUAAGGUAUAAUUCUAAUUCAAAAAGUAGAUGGUUACAGAGACAAUGGUCUGAUCCAUAUACCCAAGAGGCAAAAGAUCAGAAUCUAAGGUCUCGUGCAGCCUUCAAAUUAAUUGAAAUUAAUAACAGAUUUAAAUUAUUUGAUAAACAUAAAAAAUUGAAUGUUUUAGAUCUUGGUUUUGCACCAGGUGCUUGGUCCCAAGUAAUUAGAAAAUCUACUUCUGAUGAUUCAUUGAUAUUGGGUGUAGAUAUCUUGCCUUGUGAUCCUCCAACUGGUGUAAGUUCAAUUCAAGCCAAUAUCCUUUCUAAAAGAACUCAUGAUUUAAUUAGACUAUUCUUCAAUGAAUCCUUCCAAUUAAAUAGGGAAGAUAAUUUGCAUAAGGAUUAUGGUUAUUUCCAAGAUUAUUUGGAAAAUGAAUUGGAUUCAAAUUUCAAAGAGGAUUCACAAACUUUGAUGACAGACAAUGAUAAGCCUGUAAAUUUUUCAAUUUCAAAAUACCCUAUAGAUAUUGUGGUUAGCGAUAUGUAUGUACCUUGGCAAGUUUUUAAUACACAUCAGAAUAACAUUACUAAUAUUCCUAAUUACAGGAUGGCUAAUACUUCAGGUUUGGCGGUGAAAGAUCAUGCUCAGUCUAUCGAUCUGUGCGACGCUGCAUUAGUGACAGCAAUUGAUUUAGUUAAGCCAAAAGGUUCCUUUGUAUGUAAACUGUACUCCGGUAAAGAAGAAAACCUAUUCGAAAAAAGGUUGAAAAAAGUAUUUCAUAAAGCAUAUAGGUUCAAACCGAAAUCAUCAAGAUCUGAGUCAAAAGAAUUCUAUUUUAUUGGCUUAAAUAAACGUGAAACUGUUGACAAAUUAGAUGUCUUCACCACCUGA